AGAGGCGGCGGGGGCAAAGACACAGCCGAGUGACUCUAGGUGGACAUGCACCGCCGACACGCGUGCUUCAGUUGUUGUUACUCCGUAAUGAUCUCUGCAUUCCUGAACCUCUCCUAACUAAACUACGCCGAUGAACUGCACCAGGUUUUACCACAUUCUGGACAACAGAUCGCACCCACCUGUGUCUAUUAUGCCAGUUGAUUUAGCCUUGAGACUCUGCCUGGCGCACUCGCCGCCCAUGAGGAAUUUCCUCGGGCCGUACGAAGGCUGCAGGGGACUGAACGGCGGUGGUGGCGGCGGCAGCAGUAGACUCAAGCCGCUACGGCCGUGCAUCAGCGCCAGGGCAGCGGCCGCCGAGUCGUGCAACGACGCCUGGGCUCACCACGCCCGGGGCAAGAGGAAGAAAACCGUGGUGUUUGCAGACGACAAAGGUUUCGCCCUCACAGCCGUUCACCUCUUCUCCGAGUUUGACGACUCUCUCGCCGAGCUGCAGUUCGAACUGACCGACCUCGACCACACGAUCGGCGGGCUGGAGGCGGACGACUACAAGCCGCUGGCGCUGGAUUUCCCGCAGCCGUCCGCCGACUACCUGGAGUUCCGCAGCCGCCUAAUGAAGAACAUGGUCUGCCUGGAAAACUGCACUCUGCAGGAGAAGUUCAUCGCGGGCACCGUGGUCGUGAGGAAUCUGAGUUACCACAAAGCCGUCCAGAUCCGAAUUUCCUUCGACGCGUGGAAGAGUUAUAAGGAUGUGGACUGUACAUUUGUAAACAAUAUUUAUGGCUGUUCCGACACCGACACCUUCUCGUUCGCCAUCGACCUACCCACCUACGUGACGCCGCAGGAGAAGAUCGAGUUCUGUGUCUCCUUCAAGAGCGGGGAGCAGACAUACUGGGACAACAACGACGGCAAGAACUACCGCAUAGUUCACGUCGAGUGGAAAUCUGACGGACUCCAAGCCCCCGUCAUCAAGAGCGAAAUUGUGGCCAAACUAUCUGGGAAGACGGCGUUGAUUGAAUGCGGCCACUAUGGCAGCCCCCGGGCAUCGAGUGGCUUGGUCCCCGAGUGGCACAGCUGGGGCAAGAUUGAGACAGGCCUUCCGUACUGGUGACAGAGUUAGGUUUUCUGUAGUGUUUGCUGGAGAGAUGCAUCAAUUUCCAUAUUAAACUUAUGAAAACAUGGAUCUGUAAAUCGCUCUCCCCCACCGAUUUCACUUCCAACUAUUAAUGUUUGCCUUUGCUUCCACCUACAGCACGAACAUUCUCAACAACAAAAAAUAGUUUAGUGGCUGAGCACAUCUUGCACUUGAUGUGUGGGUGGGUGGCUCCUAAUAUCGAUGAUAAUAAGUACAACAUGAGAAUUCAUAUUGGCUCCUGUGGUGUUGAACUGCAUCCUGGAAUUGUGGUAACUGGGCUCGGUUUGAACUGAGCAAUUCUUAGGGGUACAAUAAAGACACGGGGAGAGCUAGAUCACCGAGAUGCACUGUGAAUGAAGAUAGACCGAGAAUAUUACUGUAGUUCAUGUUGGUGUUGUAGGGAACUUGGAGAUCUGUCAGUGGUCACAUUGGCUGUGAAUGAGCCAAGUGUAUGUGAUAGACUAAAAUGGGUGUUAGCAAGAAACCCAUUGCACUUUAUAUAAAAUGUGAGUGCCUUUUUGUUCAGUGAAUGGCAAUGUUAAAUGGUAAGACACUAAUACCAAGUUAAAUUUAACGAUAAACUGAAGACUUGGUCAAAAAAUAGGCUGGCGAUUAACUUUGUUUUAAGGACUAACUUUUUUUGUAUUUCUUAUCUCUUGAAGGGCAAAUUUCAAAAUCCUUUCUGAACCAAACGACAACACUAGCUCCCAUUUUACGAUCAGCUUGCUAGCAUUGUGUAAAUGAUUGCAAGAGGUUCCUUUUUGGGAGUAGGUCCUGAGAAUCCAUAACUGCUGUGUGUAGCAUUAUGCUGUGCUGUUCCAUGGUAAUUUAUAUUCUAAAAUGUUCUGCUUGUCAAUCCAGAAGUGGUGUUCAUAAUGAACAUUUGAUUCUUUCUUCCGCUAGGGUGACUGUUCUCUUAUUUUGAUUGUUUAGAUUGUUUAAUUGCUUAGAUUUUAGGAGAGGGAUGGGUUUUGGGGAGAACCUGCAGAAGUCUAUUUCUAACUAACAAUCUGCCCUUAGGAGCAGUGUUUUUAAAUAGCCAAAAUUAACAAUCUUUUGUAUUGUUUUCAAAAACAUGAUUGUGGCACUGUAUUUUUCUAAGUGUAUGAACACAAAGCCUCAUGGUCCUCUUGGAAGAAAUUCUCCUUCACAUUGAAGGUUGGAAAGUUUAAACUUGUACCUGGUUACAUAUAGGCACCUAAAGAGCCUGUCCCACUUAUGCGACCUUUACAGGCGACUGCCGGCACCCGUCAUAGGUCGGCGAAAUUUUCAACAUGUUGAAAAUUCAGCGGCGACCAGAAAGACGCUAGGACUCUUUGGAGACCUCUCACGACCAUAGGCUGUAUGGUCAUGAGAGGUUUCCUAUGGUUGUGAGAGUUCACCCACAACAUGUUGACAGGGUCGCCUGUAUGGUCCUGAGAGGUCUCCAAAGAGUCGUAGCGUCUUUCUGGUCACCACUGAAUUUUCAACAUGUUGAAAAUUUCGGCAACCUACGACUGGUGCCGGCAGUCGCCUGUAAAGGUCGCGUCAGUGGGACAGGCCCUUUACAAAUUUAAGAAUAAAUUUCUGGAGGCGACUAUUUGAUUCGGAACUUCAACCCAUUGCACACCUCAUUGGUUUUUUUUUGCCCUUUUCUCUCUAAUGGCAAAAGUAUUGCCAGUGUAGGAAAUUCAAUGUAAUGACUAAGCAUGUAGUUUUACUGUUUGUUUUAAUGUUUGUUAUUUGUACAGCCUUUGAUAAUGCAACACAAACUGGCAUAAGGAAGAGCAUUUUGCUUAUCUUAACUAAGAAAAAAGCUUGUUUGCUUUUUCUCCUUCCCCCCCCCCCCCACCCCCCACCACUGUGAAUUAGGAUAUGAAGCACUUCUAAAUGACCAUGGUCUCUUGAGGUUCAUGAAGUACUCUAACUAGUCUUUGAUCUCUUCGGGCAACCUUGGACUUGAGUUUUAAGUGGCAAUGUUGCCAAUUUGAAUGCCUAUCCCUUUUCCAAAGUCUUCAUGAUAUCCCUUGACGCCUCUUUUCAAAUUGUUGGGGGGGUUUUGCACCGUUGUUUCAUCAUGGAACCUGCAUUUUGAAUGUUUAAACAUAUUUGAUCUGAACAGAAUGAGUAUUUGCUGCCUCAAAAGCAUGAAUAUUUUCCCGACUGCUAUUUUAUCCCUUGGCAAAUACAUUGCCCAAUCAGUUCAGAUGCAGGACUUUUUUGUACAUUAAUAUAUUGUACCAAGUCUUCGUAGAUUCAUCUGAAUAUAAAUCCACACCACUGUUUGAUAAAUGAAUCAUCUGGUUAUUUAAACACAUUUAGAUCUGCAUCUGAUAGUGGAGCCAAACUUUAGAAGCUGAUUCAAUGCCUGAAGAAUCCAGCUUUCCUAUGUUUAGCUUCAAGCAGAUGAUUCUGAUUAAAUUCACAAAGCUGUCAUGAUGGGUGAACCCUUGUCUCUCAAUUAUUAGUCCAGAAGUUUAACUAUUGGAGUACAUUUGAAAGCUGUACUGUGUCCAAAGUGUGACUUGGUUACCUGUUAUAAGUCCUGAGGUUAAUAUUUUUAUUUUGCAUGUGGAUGAUGGCUCUUCAGAUUUCUCAAAUGUCCAACUUGUUUACUUGCUGUCUAUUUAUUCUCUGUGCCCACCUUUAUUUGUUCCCUUAAUCCAGCAAUGUUCACUACCUUCAGUUUUCUAAAACUUUUUGCAGAGCCUGGAACAUCCUGAUUAAUGUCAGCUGAUUAUCAUCCAAAUUGCUACUUUUAUCCAACUAAUAUUACUUUAUAUACCUUCAUAACAUUUGCCGAUACUUAUAACUUGGGGUUUCUGUCCAAGCCCAGUACCAGCCCUUUGGAUUUUAUCCCUCCGAGAGCAUGGACCUCUUUGGAGAGCUGGUGAUUAACCUACUAUCAUCAAUACUGUGUUCCAUUUGAAAAAAAGCUUCUUGUCUGCUUUAACAUUAUUUCUGAUGACUGGUUGCCGAUUUCUCUUAAAUUUUUCUCGUCCAUAUAAUGUGAUUGUGGGAUGGUUUGGAACGUGACUUUAAAUUGUGACCCCCUCUGUCUGCUUUGGAUUUAAGGACUUGCUGAAGUAAAAUAUAAAAUGGUAUACAGAAUGAUUAAAACAAACUCAAUAAUCACUGAAAUAUUUUUCUAUUGUUUUUGUUUGCUAAAAAAAAAGUAGGUUACUUUAAUAUUAAGGGGGAAAAUAUAUUUUUACUCAAAAGUUUGGAGGUGGAUGAGGGGAGAAAUUGCCAAUUUUCUUGCCUCUUGCACUGUUUUUCCCUUCAGCAAUGAACUUGACAGGAGAAGUUAAAUCAACUGGAUUUUUCGUGACAUUUCUUGAUAAAUUGUCAAGAUUAAUUCCAUUCUAUAAAGUCCUUUGUGUAAAAUGUAAAAUCUCCAGAUUUUCCCUUGAAAUGUUGUACAAAAAAUAAAUGCUAUAUAUUGUUCAACA